AUCGGACCUGGCAACACUGCAUCUGUCUGUGAAAUUGGGAAUCAAAACAAAGUGAGGUUAUAUUAUUAUUAUUUUGGAAAUUAAAGAAAUGAAUUCGCUUAGAAAUUUAAACAAAUUGCAGCAACGUUUUAGCUCUACCGCCACUGCUGAGUUUGUUAAUAGAAAUCCUAGAAAUCUUGAAAGGAUCCGGAUAGCUCGAAAACCUGAUGGUUACCAUUUAGAUAAACCUGAUCGAAAAUAUUGGCACAAACUUGUUUUAACACCAAGUAAUCGUAUUGUAACAGCUCAAGUUGUGCACUUUGUGAAUGGACCUGUGAUAGAAGCAAAGACUUCAGAAUGGGCUCUGCGUAAACAGCUUUACAGCUCGAAUGACACAUGUGCUUACAUAAAUCUAGCAAAAGUCUUUGCUCAAAGAUGUCUAGAGUCGGGCAUUUCUGAGAUGUUCUGCAAUAUAUCUCCAACCAAAGGUGGAAAAGUUGAAAAAUUUCUUAAUGUAGUUGUAGAGAAUGGCAUUAAAUUGACUGAACCUGAAGUUUAUAGAAAACCAAAUCCAUGGGAUGAAGAGAGGCCAGAAAAACCAUGGGAAGUGAGAGAAGAAUAAUGUUGACAGAUUAAUUACUCUUAUGAAAUAAACAGUAGCAUAUUCAUAUGGACUUCUCAUUUUUGUUAAAAUAUCUGUAAAGUACAUUGAAUCUGUAGAAUUGCCUUUAAAAUCAAAUCAGCCUUCG